AGAUGGAGGAUUUGCUGCAGAGCGUUGGGCACCGGAAGAGGGCGCAAGUACAAGUUACGGUGUUGCCUCCGCGCCGAUCCAGAUGAGCGUACCACAUAGCAAUGAAUAUUUGAUCCAACAUUUCACUAAUAUGUGCAGGACCACAACACAUACCACACUCCAGGCCGAUUUGAUUGAAGAAGUUUGGGCACAUAGGGGAGGCGGCGCAGUGUGAACACCUUUGUGAUUUUCAAUAGAUUAAAUUUUUAUUGUAUAAUUUUUCCUGUACUUUAAUACGACGAAAAUUUAGUGUUUAAUUUUAAUUUCUUCACGUAUAGCCGUUUUCUUCUAAGUACGUAUAGUCCGAUAAAUUUAAUUAUAAUUGAAUUAACAUAAAUGAAAAAAAGCUUGGGGCUAUUGGAAGUGUCCAGUGUCCACUAUAGUGACGGAAACAAAUUUUUGAGGCUGUGGACAAAAAGGGACAGGGCUAUUGGAGUGUCCACCUUAUAGUGGACAAUCUUUAUUGCCUUCAACACUUGUAUUCUUUCCCUCUCUUUCUCUUUAUAAAUAGAGGCUAACCACUGUACUUCACCAAAAAAGAAGCCUUUUCUUCUCCACAAAAGAAAAACAGAGAAUGAAGAGAAAGUCUCCUUCAAAUUCCUGCUCAUCCUCUUCAUCUUCGUGCUGCAUCGAAUCGCCAUCAAUAAUCGCACAGCCCGAACUGAAGCCCAAGGCUAAGCCCAAACGCGUCCGAGCCAAGAGAACCCAGAGCGACAGCAGCGCCACCUCUGCCAAAUCGCGAAGCUCCAUUUACAGAGGCGUCACAAGGCAUAGGUGGACUGGGAGAUACGAAGCUCACCUCUGGGAUAAGACUACAUGGAACAGCAUCCAGAACAAGCGGGGAAGACAAAUCUAUUUAGGUGCUUAUGAUAAUGAGGAAGAUGCGGCUCGAACCUACGAUCUAGCUGCUCUUAAAUAUUGGGGACCUUCUACCAUUCUCAAUUUUCAUGUAGAGGGCUACAAAAAAGAUGUUGAAGAGAUGCAAAAUUUGACUAGAGAAGAGUAUUUGGCCUCACUUAGGAGGCGGAGCAGUGGCUUUUCAAGAGGGGUUUCUAAAUAUCGCGGAGUCGCAAGGCACCAUCACAAUGGCCGGUGGGAGGCUAGAAUUGGGCGUGUUUGCGGAAACAAGUACCUCUACUUAGGAACCUACAGCACUCAAGAGGAAGCAGCAGAAGCAUAUGAUAUGGCAGCGAUAGAAUACAGAGGUCCGAAUGCUGUAACAAAUUUUGACAUAAGUAAUUAUGCGGAUAAGUUGAAGAAAUUCCUACCUGAGGUGCAAGUGGAAGAGGUCCAUGGGAAGCAGGAAACAAACUCAACUCCCCCCGACGUACUACAAGCAGAUGAAGAACCUCACCGAGUUGCUGAAACAGGUAGCCCUAAGCCCGAACCCAAGGAUUUCAACGAGUCAGAAGGCAUGAUCACUAUGGACCCAAUCGAGGAGCACGGGCACCCUUGGAACCUCUGUCUAGAUACUCUAUUCAACAUCCUCCCAGUUCCCGACAUGCCUCUGGGUGAGGUGUUUGACUACAAAGGCUUUGAUGAUGAUAUCGAGUGCAUCUUUGAUGAGCCAUUGGAUGAAUACGAUUUCCUCCAAUAUGGCUGCCAGAUUGAGGCAGCAGAUGCAGUGGAAGCUCAGGACAUGAAAAGGCAGGACACCUUCACUUCAACUUCACCUUCUUCAUCGCCACUAUCGUCAACCACAGCCUGCAGCAACAUCUAGUGCCCCUUCAAGUUUUUUUAUGUUUAGACCUUAAGUUACUGUAACUUUAGCUGAGGAAGCUAGCUGUAGAUGAUAAAGAGCAACAACCAGUGCUUCUGCACAAGCUCAUAGUCUUUGGCUUGUUCAAGACUGUCUCAAGAGAUGGCUCCAUUUAUCAGUAUUUAAUUCUAGAAUUUCUUUGAUCUUUCAUAAAAAAUGUAUUCAGUGAGUUUUUUUUUGCCCU